AUGUCUUCUAAUUCGGAUACUGGGGAUUUACAAGAAUCUCUAAAGCACGGACUUACACCUAUUGGUGCUGGGCUUCCGGACCGGCACGGACUCUACCCCGCCCGCGGCCGCCUUGUCAUGCUGCCCAAAGUGGAGACGGAAGCUCUGGGACUGGCUCGGUCGCAUGGGGAACAGGGGCAGAUGCCGGAAAACAUGCAAGUGUCUCAGUUUAAAAUGGUGAAUUACUCCUAUGAUGAAGAUCUUGAGGAACUCUGUCCCGUUUGUGGAGAUAAAGUGUCUGGGUACCAUUAUGGGCUCCUCACCUGUGAAAGCUGCAAGGGCUUUUUUAAGCGAACAGUCCAAAAUAAUAAAAGGUACACGUGUAUAGAAAACCAGAACUGCCAAAUUGACAAGACACAGAGAAAGCGCUGUCCUUACUGUCGAUUUCAAAAAUGUCUAAGUGUUGGAAUGAAGCUAGAAGCGGUAAGGGCGGACCGAAUGCGUGGAGGGAGGAAUAAGUUUGGGCCCAUGUACAAGAGGGACAGGGCCCUGAAGCAGCAGAAAAAAGCCCUCAUCCGAGCCAAUGGACUUAAGCUAGAAGCCAUGUCUCAGGUGAUCCAAGCCAUGCCCUCCGAGCUGAGCAUCUCCUCUGCAAUUCAGAACAUCCAUUCUGUCUCCAAAGGCCUACCUCUGAACCAUGCUGCCUUGCCUCCUACAGACUACGACCGCAGUCCCUUUGUAACGUCCCCCAUCAGCAUGACGAUGCCACCUCCCGGCAGCCUGCAAGGGUACCAGCCCUACAGCCACUUUCCCAGCCGGGCCAUCAAGUCUGAGUACCCAGACCCCUACACCAGCUCCCCGGAGUCCAUCAUGGGCUACUCCUACAUGGACAGUUACCAGACCAGCUCCCCCGCCAGCAUGCCCCACCUGAUCCUGGAACUGCUGAAGUGUGAGCCCGAUGAGCCCCAGGUCCAGGCCAAGAUCAUGGCCUAUUUGCAGCAGGAGCAGGCGAACCGCAGCAAACACGAGAGGCUGAGUACGUUCGGGCUCAUGUGCAAGAUGGCAGAUCAGACCCUCUUCUCCAUCGUGGAGUGGGCCCGGAGUAGCGUCUUCUUCCGGGAGCUCAAGGUUGAUGACCAAAUGAAGCUGCUUCAGAACUGCUGGAGUGAGCUCUUAAUUCUCGACCACAUUUACCGACAAGUGGUUCACGGAAAGGAAGGCUCCAUCUUUCUGGUUACUGGGCAACAGGUGGACUAUUCCAUCAUAGCCUCACAAGCGGGGGCCACACUCAACAACCUCAUGAGUCACGCACAGGAGCUGGUGGCAAAGCUUCGUUCUCUACAGUUUGACCAACGAGAGUUCGUGUGUCUGAAAUUCUUGGUGCUCUUUAGUUUAGAUGUCAAAAACCUGGAGAACUUUCAGCUGGUCGAAGGUGUCCAGGAGCAAGUUAACGCUGCCCUGCUGGACUAUACGAUGUGCAACUACCCGCAGCAAACAGAGAAAUUCGGGCAGCUGCUACUCCGACUACCUGAGAUCCGGGCCAUGAGCGUGCAGGCCGAGGAAUACCUCUACUACAAGCACCUGAACGGGGACGUCCCCUACAACAACCUGCUGAUUGAAAUGUUGCAUGCAAAACGGGCUUAG